GCUCAUGAUGGAACAACAACUCAACAUAGCUAUGCGAGCAUGACUUUGUAGCAAAUACAAGAACGAAUUCACAUGCUGGACUCAACUCAACCGCUGCAAUGUAUGACUGUGAUGAUGAGGAAGAAGAUAUUUCAUCGCAGCCACUUUUACCAUUUGUUGGCAUGCAAUUUGGCAAUGUUGAUGAUGCUAGAACAUUCUACAAUGAAUAUGCUUUCAAGGCUGGAUUUGGAAUACACAUAGGCGCUUGUUGAAACAACCAAAAGAAAGGUCAUACGACACUUAUCAAGAGGGUUUUUGAGUGUGUCCACACAGGGAAGCCAGGAAGCAAAGCUGACAAUAACACUGCUUCAGAGGGUCUAUCAAUUGGUGCAGCCUCGUCUAGCAAAGAUAGUUGCUUCAAAAUGAAUGUUACAAACAAGCGUCAAAAGAAUAGGUUGCUGCGACAUGAUUGCAAAGCUAAGAUGAUAGUUGGAAUCACGGGAAACAAGUGGCUUGUAUCACACUUUGUUGCGAAGCACACACACCCCUUAAUGCCACAACCAGAGCUUGUACGGUACUACCGCUCACAUGCAACAUUCCGAAAGAAGGUAUGGAUCUCAUAAUGGCCAUGCAUAAUGUAAACUUCUCAACUUCAUCGUGCAUGGGGAUGCUCUCAAGGGUGCGCGGCGGAGACCGCAUGAUACUACCAUAUGUGAAGAGGGAUGUUCCAAAUGUCUGGUCAAAGCUACGCCAAAACCUAAGCCUUCAAGACAUGGAUUUGACAGUUGAGUAUUUUAAGAGGCGGGUAGCUGAGAACCCUUAGUUCUACUAUGUAAAAAUUAUUGAUAAGGAUACAAACUCUGUUACAGGGCUCUCUUGGGUGGAUGGUAGGACAAGGGCAUUGUACUCUAAGUACAAAGACUGUAUUUUCUUUGAUACACCAUUUUGUACAAAUAGAUACAACAUGCCAUUUGCUCCGAUUGUCACAAUGAACAAACAUUUGCAAACGGUGUUGCUCGGUUGUGCCUUGCUACCAAAUGAACAGAUUGAAACUUUCAAGUGGGUCUUCGAGAACAUUCUGCUUGCAAUGAACAAUGAACACCCAUUAAACAUUAUGACAGACCAUGACAAGGCCAUGGAAACUGCCAUAUCUCAAGUCUUCCCCAACACGAUGCACAUAUGCUGCAAAUGGCAUGUCCAUAGAAAAGCUCAUGAGAAGCUUGGCAGGAUAAUGAGCAGGGAUGAGGUUUUUGAGCAGGCUUUCUACACGUGCAUCAACGAUUCUGACACCGUUGAUGAAUUGGAGGAGAACUGGCAGCAUAUGAUACAUUGCUUCGAAUUAGUUGAGAAUAGACAUCUUUGCAACAUGUGGCGCACCCUUCACACGUGGGUCCGAGCGUUCUUUCGGAAGUGCUUCUUCCUAUUUACAAGCACUACUGGGAGGUCAAAGGGGCUAAACUCCUACUUCAAGACACUUCUGAACCCUCAAGAUUCAGUGUGGAGGUUUGUGCAACAAUAUGAGAUGCUACAGGAGACUAUGCUAGACCGUGAGGACAAUCAAGCUUUCGUUGGUGCAGCAACCACAACCCCGCUUUACUCUAGAUACAACAUUGAACGUCAGUCAGUUGGUUUCUACACUCAAAGCGUGUUUUCCAAGUUUCAAGCAGAAGGUGCUGCAUCCACAGGCUUUGUGCUAAACCAAGUUCCUUCUCUUGUCAUUAGAGGUGUGAAAUUUGAGCUCUUUUCAAAUUACUAUGAAGAACCCAAGAUAUUUACAGUAAAUGUUGAGAUGGAACAAGAGAUAUUUGAGUGCAGGUGCAAUUGUUUCGAAAUGAAUGGCAUCGUAUGUGCGCAUAUCAUUAGAGUCAUGGUCCACCUAAAUGUCCAAGCUAUACCACAACGCUACUUGCUAGAACGUUGGUCGGAACAAGCAGGAAGUUCACAUGGAUGGCUUCACAAGCUUGUAGCAAUGAUGCUGCCUACAAAAUACUAAAUGAUGCAGCUCAUACGGCAUCAGCAGCAAAAACAUCAGCAGCAGACCCAACAACAAAACACGACACAAGGUGAGCAACAACCAGCAACAAUGCAUGAGCAGGAGGUGCCACAUCAACCAAGGAAACAACAACCAAAACAACCAAGGCAACAACAGCCAAACCCGCCAAUCCAACAACCAGAAGCACCCAAACCACCGGUUGCACAAGAUACCGGGGAGGGUGUCAUGCUUCAAAACACAACACUGUCCCGAAGAAAGGUCGACCGUCGGAAAAAUCAAGAAGGAGAAUGACUUUGCUUGAGCAAAGAGAGGAUGCCGCGAAGAAUAAGGCAAAAAUAGAGGAGAAGAAGAAAGAAACAAAACCGAGAGGAAAACCUGGACCAAAGAAGAAAAAAGACAUAUGCUCUUACUACAAAGAAGAUGGUCACAGCGCCCAAGUGUGCGAGCAGUUAAAACUUGCGAUGGCUGUCCAGAAAUGCAACUAUUGCACUAAGGAUGGUAAUGUAGUGAAUACAUGUCCCUACCUGAGGGCUGCAAUGUCAAAUGGAGGGGUUGCUGUGUCACUGUAAAUUUCUCCAUGCUAGAUUUUGGUCACAUGAGAAAGUCUCCUUAAUAAUGUAAAGAGCUUAUUUUUGAGCAGCAAAAACAUGGUUACAUUUGUGUGCUGGACGAAAGUGAAGCUGUCUAUUUAGUAUAAAUUUACAGUUGUUACAUUUGUGCUUA